UUAUACCAUUUCACAAACUUUUCUUCUCCUUCUCACUCCAACCUCUUUAUUUAUCCCAAAACCAGAGCUGUUCCAUCUUCAAACCCCCAAAGCUCCCAUUAUCAGAAAAAAUGAAAAUCAAAUUCUCCCUCUGCUUUAGGCCUGUUGUUGUAGAAGCAGAGGAGGAGUGUGAUCAGAAGCACCAUGAUCAUCAUAUGUACUAUGAUCCUGUCUCUACAGAUAUUGUUCCCGGAGCAAACCCCGGGAAACUUACAUCAUCAGCCAGAAGAUCAUCUUACACUGCUUCCGGCCAUAAACUCCGGAAGCUAUUCAAGAACUUUUCCGGCCAUUCUUUUCAGCAUCCUUCUAGGGAAUGUUUCGCCAUAUUGGUAAGCGAUUCUGGGAAAAACUCAGACAUCACUAAUGAUAAAGCUGAUGAAGAAAAAGAAGAAGAAAAGAAGUCCAUUGAUGGGCAGAGAUCAUCUGAAGCGAAAACGUUGGGAUCAAAUCCAGAAAUACCUAAGACGAUGACUAGUUGUACUUCUUCCUUUUCGAGCUGUCGGGUGUCAUGUUUCUUCAGAACAAUUGUUUUUGUCCUAUUUGCGACCGUUCUUUGGGGCAGAAUUGGAGCCAUUAUAGUGAUAACGUUAUGGUUGGGCUCUGUGCGCUGGUGGAGUGGGUGUUUUCCGGCGACAGGAAAAAACCCGGGGUGGCGGCUUCUUGGGGGAAACCUGAAACAUAGAUAGAAUCCGACAAGAACUAUUGCCUUUGCUAUGUACGUUUGUUUGUUUAGAUUUUUAUAAACUGUACACUCUAAUGAAAUGUGGCACAUUUUGAUCAAAUGAUGAUAAGCUAAACAACUUUUUACAAUCCAA